AUUAAAGUAGAAUGAUUUGAUAAUGUUAUUCAAUCAAAACAGUGCAUUUUAUAUAAUUGCUUUGCUGAGUGCAUUACAUUUGCCACCCAUCAAAAGUUUCGUCAAAGCCAGUAGUGGAAGUGCCAGCAGGAUGUUCUCGCCGAGCCCAGGAAAACCAAAAACCUAUCCAACUACGUUGGAAGGAUUUGGCUAUGGCUUCAAUGAAGAGGGAAAGCUGAGGCAGAUGGACAAGGAAACGGGGAAGUUGACCGAUAAAGGUUUCGAUUUUAACAUCUACACUUCGGCACAGGAAAAUCAGGUCCACUACGAAGCACUGGGCGAGACGAUUACAGAUGCCAUUUAUGAAAAGUUGGAAAAGGACGUUGGACUGAAGAAGCUGUUCUUGCCGGAUGAUGUGCCACAAGAGGAGGCAACGUUUAUUUUCAGCACCACGCAAAAGUUGAACAAACCGAAAAAGCUGCUGGUUUUGAUUCAUGGUAGUGGAGUUGUUCGGGCCGGGCAGUGGGCCAGAAGCCUUAUCAUAAACCACAGCUUGGAAUCGGGAACGCAAAUUCCCUACAUCAACAAGGGCCGGGAGCUAGGAUACGAAGUCCUGUUGACCAACACUAACGACAACUAUCGAAAGGCUGCCGGUGGCGGCACGAAGGGCAUCAAGGGUAGCCGGAGCCCUACCGAGCACGCCGUAUCGGUAUUCGAGAAGUACAUCAUACCCAGCGAACCGGAUGCGGUUGCCAUUGUGGCACACAGCUACGGUGGCGUUGUAACGGUGGAAUUAGCACAAAAAUUCCCCGAAUUUUUCAAGCAGAAAGUAUUUGCUGUCGGUUUCACCGAUAGCGUGCACUCGUCUUCGUUGGUUCCCGAAGUGUUAAUUGGGAUCGGCCGCAACUGGGUAACCUCGAAGGAGCCACUCGACACGACGCUAACAAUUUCCAAGCGCGACCUACCGCGGUACUCAGCAGGUCACAUCAAGCAUGAGAUGACGUCGUACUCCUGCAUGGAUGCGUUAUUUAAAUUUUUCGAACAACGGUACGAACAGGUAAAGACUGACUCCGAAUCCGGGCCGGAUUUAAAGAAGCCGAAAAGCGAACUUUAACUGCCAUCCCACACCUGAUGUUCCGUCUCAGGAAGAAGAAAGAAAACAUGACGUUGUAAAGUUUUGGUUGUCUGCGAAUAAAAUUAAGUCCAAGAAAGUA